CUGAAGUCCUUUUUAAGCAAGAAAGAUGUGUUUGGAGUUUUGCCGACUGGUUACGGUAACUACGUCACCUUCUUCGUUGCUCUGAUCCGUCAUAGCGCUAUCCUAUUGCGUGCAGAGGCAUUUUGAGGGACAACCUUAUAUCCCGCCCCUUGCAUUGAGCCGUUUGUGUGAAGAGUUGCCAGACCUUACAUCUUGAUGUAGGUCUGGCUAACCAGGCUACUCUCCAUCCAGAUAAUACAACAACAAAUUGAUCCUCUCUCGUUUUGUUCCAAACUCUUCUUGGGUCGUUUGGUUGGCCCGUACGCUAACAGGAGCUGACACAACCAGUGGCAGACGGUACAGAGAUAUCCAUAAGUUCAUAAGCAAGCGCGUAGCCCGACAGGCGCUAUCGCAUAGUUCGGCAUUUGUCCAGGACACUGGCUCGCUGUGUCCGAAAACUCAAGGCAGUGACUUGUUGCCUCAUGAGGCCAUGACUUCGGAGGCAUGAAUGCAGCUCCGAGAAAGGCUUUCCGACGCACUUCAAAGGCAGCGUGUUUGAAAUAUGAACAGAGAGCGCCUUUGUGAUAACUGAUCACAUAUUUGAAAACUACAAUACUAAUUUCUCGCUAGAAAUGCAAUUAAAAUGUGUAAAAAGUGAAAAUAUACGUUUAUUUACACUAAAUUUGUGCUCCAGUUGGUUCCUUGGCCGCCAUUUUAACUCGACCACUGUUGUCAUGUGGUUUACGUCAGUAAAGGUAGUGACAAAGGGUCACAUGGAUAUUAAUGUCAUUGACAUGAGACUGCACUGCCCCGUAACAAUGUUUUGAAUGGAAAUUUUCUCACGAUUUACAAGUAGUUGAAAACAUUACAGAUAUUGAUAGUAAUCAGCUGGACAAAAUAUAUAACACUGGCCUAGUGGUUUUUGGACAUUUUACUGCAAAUAUCUUACAAAUUUCACCUUUAAAGCUUUUUUGAAAAAGUUGUGUUUAUGUGAGAGAGAAGGUGUUUGUAAUAAAAAUAAAAAGAACUUUAUUUCUACAACAUUAUCCUUUGGCUUUUUUCUAUCAUACCUCUCUAGAAAAAUUUUACAAACUCACACAGAUAUUAAAAUUACAAGAAAGGGACAUGAUCAUAAUUCCAGACAGAUUCACAGGGUGUGUCAAAAACAUUUCUUUGAUAUAAAGGUUUAUUAUUAUUAUAAGCAGUAGUAGCAUCAAAUUCUUAUUUUUAUUAUUGUUAUUGCAACAAAGAAUUAAAAUUCCAAGAAAAACGGGACAGAUUUGUAUAGCAGUGUAACAGUCUUAGAAUGGAUAUUUUUCUUCCUGUGAGCGCCACGUAAUACAAUAUGAGAAAUGGGAUGCAAUCAUUGAACCCAAAAAUGCUUUGGCAGCAUCUGUUGAAAGCUACUUGCAGAUGGGUUGUGUGUGCAAACGGCAGCCAGGGAGCACCCGCUCUCGCAAAAAUUAAUUCAGAAGUAAUUCCAAAAGUAGUACGAAAACUUACGCUAAGAAGCCUAGUCUACGCUGUUUGCGGGGUCAGGAUGGCCGAGCCUUCUGACGUUGCAAUCUCCCCCAGCACGCCCGGCCUUAGAUAGCUCAGUUGGUAGAGUGGAGGACUGUAGUCAUUCCCCUGGUCAUCCUUAGGUCGCUGGUUCGAAUCCGGCUCGAAGGAGGUAGAGCUUUUCCUCUUGAAGUCGCUCCAUCUCUUCUCGUCAAAUUAGCUUGCCAUGUCAGCACGCUGUCUUUGGGCUAUUUGGGCAAUGGCUUAAGCCUCUUACUACGUCUCAGAUGAUUGUAGGUUUGCCCCUUAGCUGGCUUGGUUUAGCUUUUCUGCUCGCCCUCGCGGCUUACAUUCCUAAGACUAAAAAGUUAUAUUAUAUAGAUAGGAAUAAGAUAGUGAAAAAAUAGGAUUUAGCUGAUAAGCUCAACGGAGCUUCGGGCUUGCGACUCCUCUCCUCGUCUUUCUCUCAGCGUCUCUUUCUGAUGACGUCAGCAAAUAUGCUCAAUUUUACAGUCACUGCACUCAGAGCCGGCCUUCUGGUGGCCCGUUUCAAUAACUAAUCGGGGGCCCUACCCACAUAAAACAUAAGCAUAAUAGAGCAAAAAAGCAAGGAUUCCUGUUGGUUUGCAUCAAUGGUAUAUUAUUUUAUUACGUGCACUUGACUUUCAGCUUCACGAACAGGCAGCUCAACAGCAAUGAUCCAACCUUAUUUAAUUAAAACCAUACAAUUAUUGUUGGAAUAAGCCUCGCCCUUUCAUGGACGCAAACUUCUCUGCUUAAUUGAUUUGCGCAGUAUAUUUUCAGCUGUCUGGGCUGACUUAUAAAAAAACAGCUCAAACAUUCUCUUAAAUUUUAUUAAUUCACAAAAGCAAAGACAUUAUGUUCAUUUAAUGGAACAUUGUGUGGAUGUUGCGGUAGAGGAAAAUGCAGUCAUGCACAAAAUAUAUUAAAGGCAGUCAGUAAAUGCACACAGAUGUUAAACACAUAUUUUUUAAUACAAUGAAAUACUGCAUUAAGGUUAGUAUAAAAUUCAAUCAUAUUAUUUAAAACCCCCCAAAUCAGCCCCUAAAAAAAUGUAUUAUUAAAAACCUGGAAUCGCACUUGCACAGCCAAGCCUGAUGAGAGAGAGCAUGGUCGAAUUCAAAACUGCGUUUUUGCGCCUUGAAGGGCACUUCUGAAAGGGAACGCCGCUUAAACUCACUCCAGAUAAAAUGAAAAUGACAUUGUUUUCAUUGCUCUAUUCUCCAAGUGUAUUUUAGCGUUCACAGUCACGCAAUGAGAGACACAAUUACGCAACUCUAUGCACAGCUCUGAUCUUCGAAGGGAAUAGGACUUAGGGAUGAGUACUUUCAAAUGGUAUUCUCUCCAUUUGUGACGGUAAAUUUGUUGGAAUGAAUGCGCACGGGCUAACUACGACAGGUAACAAAAUUAAGAAAUGUCGGUUUUCAAAAAAAUUAGGCUAUCAAGCUCUCGUCUAGUGAUCCCGAUGCUAAAGAAUAAUUAAACCUCUAGAACAGUAAUUCUCAAAGUGUGGUCCGCGGACCAGUAGUGGUCCGCCAAACCCCCCCAGUAGGCCGCCAAAAGAUGACCUAAAUUAGGCAAGUGUUUAUACCAGGGCUAUUCAAUUGGCGGCCCGCAGGUCAGACCCGGCCCCCAAGGUAAUUUGAUCCGUCCCUUUAUGUAGUCUGUAAAAAAGACAUCUCUAGAAUAAAUGUAGUAAGUUAGACAACGGGCCCUACAGUUACGAGUUGAUGCGCGUGCGUCUGUUUCAUACAGCAUGAGCUGCAGAGCGCGAGUCACGUGACUGGUGCGAGCAGCUGUGUCACGUGUUUAUAUUCGCGCUUUGGUCCACAACAGAGUCGUGGUCCCCAAGUUCAACGCGAUCGCCUCCCCCGCUCGCGGCCCGCGUCUCAAGACGCUAUAGCUGACUGUGGUGAGUUAAGAGAUCGGACUCUAUGGCUGUUUUAACUUUAUUUGUUGUAUUUCCAGCUUUAAAACACUGCCUUUUCCGACAAUUGUUGUCUGAUAAGUCUGCUCAAUUAUGACUUGCUUAUCAACAAUGACAUUUACGUUACAUGUCUUAAUAAAUGAAACUGCCAUUUUUCCAAAAUUCAAAGCAUCGUUCUCACACAAUAAUGCAAUUUAAACGAGUAACAGUUCAUUUGCACCACUGUAUGCGUAUCGUGCUGACAAACAUACACCUGAUUUCACUGCUCUUGCGAAAUCUAAAAACAUAUUCUGUCUUAUUAGAAGCUAGCCUAAUGUUUGCCAAUUAUUAAGAUGGCUGUUGUUGUUGAAAUAGGGCUACUGUAAUAAUUAGCUUUGACAAAAAAACUGCAUAAAACAAUGUUAUGUUCCAUGUUAUAAACUUUUUUGAUAUGUGCACUGAAGUGAGUAAAUGAGUUAAAUUCUCAAUGAGUGUGAUAUGGAUCUUAUUUACCUAUUUAAAUGUAGAAUAAAGCUUAAUGUCAAGCAUACACUGAAAGCAGCUAAAAUCCAAAGAUCUAUCAGUUUUGUAAUGUAUUAGUUUUUGUUUCAUGUGUAAAAUCCAAAUGUUUUUGGACAUUAAGGGGAAUUUUUUUCAGCAUUAUAUUGUUACCAUAGAUACAACCAUAAACUUCUCAUUACCCACCACCUCAGUUUUAAAUUAAUGGCUCUUUGGAAUGACAUUAAGUGGGACCUAGGCUGUUACAGUAUGUUUAAUUGCAGUUUUUCACAUGUGCAGUUUGUUGUUCAUAUUAAGCUGCAACUCAUUUUACAUUUACUUUUUCAAAUUAAAUUAAAUUCAUAUAAUAAUUUCUGAACAUAGCAUUGCAUUUGUGUUUAAAAAAUUAGUUUUUGACUUAAAACAGUUGCAUAUUAAACUUAAAUUUAGCUUAUCCUUCCUAUUUUGUAGUUUUUUUGGGGGCGUGUUAGAGUCAGAUUCUGUUAGGUGGUCCUCAGAAAAAUAUUGGAAGAUGAAGUGGUCCUUGGGCUGAAAAAGUUUGAGAAACACUGCUCUAGAAUUAUCCAUAUGUGCACGACACAUUUUCUGAGAGUUUUUAUGAAGCACUGUGAUGCUGCUGUAAACGAUUCUACAUUGAUUUAUAAAAAUGAAAGAACUUACUUUUAAAAAACAUAAUUUAAAUGACAUAUAACAAAUAUUAAUGCAGUUCUACAGUUUUAUUGUAGACUAAAUAAAAUACAUUCAUUUCAUAUUAAUAAUCCGAUUUCUAUCGUAGGCUAAAGCGCGUAUGAACGUCCGAGAGAAAAUAAAGAGCAGAAAUUAAUUGAUUUAAAAUGAAAGAUAUGUGAUUGCUUAACAUCCACUGGCACUGACACUGUGAGCUCCCCUGUGCAGGAAUCAUAGCCCCCCGUUCAAACGUUCUUGCGCCGUUUCAAUUGAAAUGGUUGAAACAUAGCUAAGGCUGCCUCUGACUGCACUUGCAGUCCAGAAUAAAAGGGUACAUCCCAACUUGGAGCCAUUGUGCGGGCGGUCUCUUUUAGUACUGCAUGGUUUAUUUACAUGUUGCUGCUGAUUGGACUGCAGUUCUUACACCCAGCAAACAAGAGAAAAUGGAGCUCAAACACCGUUGCACACCAUUUCCAGAAAACAUGUAAUUCAACAUGGAAACCAUAGCAAAAGUUUUGAAGUUGAACGUGCCCUGGUCUGCCUGUCAUGUGAAUAGGCAAUGAAAUACCAGUAAAAAGAUGUGUGCAUUAUUUUUAAAUAAUUUAAAGGACCGGAGUAAAUUGUUCCUUAUACCACGGUUUCCACAGACAUUGCUCUGAUGGUUAUUUUAAAGGGCCACUAACGUAGGUGUUUUCAGACACUUACUUGUGCUGUGCAAGUCUUUGAGCCUGUAGCAUGUGUAUGCGAUCUAUGUCUCCUGCAGUCGUUUGUCAGUGGCAAAAUUCCGACCUCCGGCUCUCACUCUUGUGCCGGGCGUUUAACGUCGCCUUCCAUGUAAAACGGAUAAAAACUAUUCACAUGUUAAAACAUGCAUUACUGUCAAAACACAUUUGACCUGGAUUACCGUAGUAAUGCAGAUUGCUUUUACUCAUUUACAACAUUGCUGCCUGGAUUGCGUAUCUGUGGGACAGAUUUGACAAAAGAAGGUCCAGAUUUUAUUGGGGUAGGGGCACAUGGGCGUGGGAAGUGCACCUGCAGCACCCCCUGGUGGCAAAGAUUUAAAACUGCGAUGACGAUAAAAUGAUAGCUUGUAAAUAUCUCCGAUUGUUGUUUGUUUCUGUUCCAAGAUAUUUUGUAUGUCAUUUUUGGGGUGUGUGAUGAAGAGAGGGAUAAUUUUAGUAAUUUUAAAAUGAUUUAAUUUAUUUCAGUUAGUAUUUGCCAUUCAGCCGAUACGCUGUCUAUACACAUAGGCAUAACAACACAAGCACACUCACAGCCACAUAGAACGACGAAUAAGUUUACUAGGCUAUCUGUAUCUAUCAGCUUCGCAAUGUCUCAGAAGAGAAUUUUGGAUAUUUCAAUCACACAACCCAAAAGUCCCGAGGACUAGCGUUAUUUCUCCAUUCGACUUCUCAUCCCGCAAACCAGAAAAAGGCACUUUGAGCAGAACAAGCUACCUUCUUUCGUUACUAGUGCUGCUAGCCAACACAACUAGGCUGCUGUUGACACUAGCGCUUCAAGUUCAGAAAUUUUGUGCGCUGCCCCCGACGAGAGUGAGACUGAUGCAGCAGGGACAUCACUUUUACCAUCUGAAUUUUAGACAUUUCAGCCAAAGUAUUUCAACUUCCCCACUAAGCGUUUUGAAACUGAAAGAUUUCAAGAUCGUUUGAAUCAGAUUGGUUUAAAAGAUGGAAAUGGCUCCAUUAUGUCAAGGACACUGACAAAACCCUGUGAUUUACUUGUUGGUCUGUGGUAGAGACUUGAGGAGCAAACCAGAGCUGACCCCGUAUUUAUCAGAGGGGGCUUUUCGAAUUGGCGUAAAGCCACAGAAAAAUUCAGAGAUCACGAGAAGUUAUCCUUCCACCUAGAAGCUGUGAACAAAAUCUCUGCGCUGAAUAGUAAACCGAUCAGUGUCAUGCUCUUCGCCGGGGUUGCGAAGGAGCAGAAUAUUGCCGGAGUGGUUUUUCAAGAAGCCUUUAAGUCAGUGCGCUUUUUGGUCUGAUAGCGCUUACCUCUCCGAGGCCACGAUCACCAUGAAGGACACUUCUGGCCUAUGAUGAUUGACUGCACUGAGUCGCUUCCCGCAGCUCACCAGUGGAUGCUUCUCCGGGGAUAACUGGCUAUCAGAUACGAUCCAGAACAAGAUGGUAGAACUGCUUGCACAUGCUGUGCAGCAAAGGUUGGUCUCUGGGGCAAUGGCGUCUCAUUUCUUUGGACUGACGGCUGAUGGCACUUUAGAUAUUGGCAGAUGCUAUUUGCAUUACGUGAAGAGCAGAUGCCUGGGGGAACGUACGACUCCUUCAUAAUGCAGAACAGCUCUGUGGGUCUGCGUCUCCAAGAAGGCGCAAUUGCAGAUGGCUGGCUAAUUGGUGAUCAAGGUUACCCGCUGAAGCCGUGGCUAAUGACCCCUCUUACCAACCCAAUGACCCAGCAGGAGCAGAAUUACAACCGUGCUCAUGCGUGCUCAAGGGGCACAGUUGAGCGUGCAAUAGGGUUAUUGAAAGGGCGAUGGCUGUGUCUGUCCAACACGGGGGGAACACUGCAGUAUCGGCCAGAAAAAGUGUGCAAAAUUAUCAUGGCUUGCUGCGUGCUACACAACUUGCCUGAUGCAGGGUUCCUGCCACCUCCCAAUGCCGCUGCCAUUCGGCAAGACAGAGGAUCAUACAGACAUUUUAGCACCGUAUCAGUCAGCACUCUUGGCGGACGGCGCACGGAAGGGGCAACGGACGGUCCCACCUCUACCACCUCUACCGGCUCCUCCAGUUCCUCUGUAACCAUGGGUGUUACUAAGGACACAUGGUCAUAA